ACAUGCACUCCGACUGGUUUUCAUCCUGCUGACUCAGGAGAGUUGCGUAUUGCAGCUUCACCGUCAAAUACACUGCAAGUGUUGAAGUCUUGGAUAAAGUGUCAUCAGCUCGUGGGAUUUCUGCCCCCGCUCAUGCAGCACGAAGCCCGUUUUAUCUCCAGCUACAUCAGGACCACGACGGGUGGUGUGCCUCAUUUGUUGACAGCAAGUCCAUUUGUUUCCACACUGCUAGACGAGCAACGGGUCGAUAAUUUGAUUUUUAUCACCGUUUGUAACUUUAGAUUUCAAGAUGAACACUCGGUGAAUAUGCAUACGUUUCUUUGGCUGUUCCAAAGACGACAUUAAACUUUAAACGCAACAUAUCCUGAAAUAUUUAUGACCCUAGUCUGGUGACAAGUUGCAGCCUGUGUGUGUGUGUGUGUGUGUGUGUGGGGCAUAGUGGAAAAGAUGCUCCCAGAAACUUAAGAGUCAGAGAGAGAGAGCGAGAGCACUGCACUGAGACUGGAUAAGGAUAGCACUGCAGGAAUACGCAGAUUGGAUGUUAAUCUUGAGCAGCGAUUUGAAUGAAAGCAGUGCGUGACUGACAGCAGCUGAUGGAUCCAUCAGUGACACAAGUGCGGCAGGCUGCUCCUCCUGGGCUAGAGGAGUACAAUCCCUUCACAGAUGCCAAACCAACGCCUGCGGGUAUGGCGCCCAAGACUGCGGCUCCCACCAUCAACACGCAACCCGCCAUCAUGAAGCCCACAGAGGAGCCUCCAGCCUACUCGCAGUCACAGGAGCAGUCGGGAGCAGCUGCUGAGCUGUUGAGGAGGCAGGAGGAGCUGGAGAGAAAGGCUGCCGAGCUGGACCGCCGGGAGAGAGAAAUGCAGUCACUCAGUGCUUCGGGAGGCAGGAAAAACAACUGGCCUCCCCUCCCUGAGAAGUUCCCCGUGGGCCCCUGUUUCUACAACGACAUCACAGUGGACAUCCCCGUCGAGUUUCAGAAGACGGUCAAGAUCAUGUACUACCUCUGGAUGUUUCAUACUGGGACGCUGCUCGCUAACAUGAUAGGCUGCCUGGCCUGGUUCUGUGUGGAUGCAUCACGUGGGGUGGACUUUGGCUUGUCCCUCCUCUGGUUCCUACUCUUCACACCGUGUUCUUUCGUCUGCUGGUACAGACCACUUUAUGGAGCAUUCAGGAGCGACAGCUCAUUCAGGUUUUUUGCUUUCUUCUUCGUGUACAUCUGUCAGUUUGGGAUCUACGUUAUCCAGUGUAUUGGCAUCGCUGGUUGGGGCGCCAGCGGGUGGAUCUCAGCUUUGACCGCCCUGAAUCGCAGCAUCCCAGUGGGCAUUAUAAUGAUCCUCAUCGCUGCUCUCUUUACCUCACUGGCUGUCCUGUCCCUCAUCAUGUUCAAAAAGGUCCACGCGAUGUAUCGUACCACUGAUGCCAGCUUUGCGAAGGCCCAGCAGGAGUUUGCCACAGGCGUCAUGUCCAACAAGACGGUCCAGACGGCCGCUGCUACCGCCACCACCAGGGCUGCACAAGGAGCCUUCAAGGAGCAGAUCUGAUUGGCCCAGACAACUCGCUCAUCUCUCCGUCCAACCCUUACACCCGCCCACCCCCACCCUCCGUCCUCCUCUGCUCACACCCAGCUUCCACUUGAGCCAACUGCCCUGUUUGAACACAUGGAGAGUCCCCCAGCCUUCUGACAAUAUCGGUGCGGUUCAUGUGAGGCCACUACGCUUGGCCGUCCAGUCUGUAAUCUCAGUCCCAGGAUUCAAACGGGGCCACGGCUCUCAUCACAGACUCUGGGACCUCCUCCCCUACGCUGCACUCCUACCACUCAAUCAGCGUGCUCGACUUUACUUCCUCUGCGUGAGUUUGUGUGUGUGUGUGUGUGUGUGUGUGUGUGUGUGUGGCCAACUAAAUGAAUGUUUGUGUGCCUCUUUAAACGUCGGCCUGUCCCCCGUAGACAGAUUCUAAUGUAGCUGAACCAAGUCCGACUUUUCUAACGUUACCUGGGCAUUUCUCACCACACGUUCUCCCCAGCAUUGUUGGAUUCCCGUGCAUCCGAGCCUUACUUUGAUUUACAAGCCUAAUCACUACUUCCUAUUUUUAAAAUAAUUUAUUGUCGGUUGUUUGCACGUGCAGCAGCGUUCUCUGAUUUCUUCUGCUGUUUUCCAUGAGUACAUAGCUUAAUACUGCUGCCCACCGGUGGACUGACCAUGUAUUGUUGAAGAUGAAUGCUGUGCAUUCCAGUUCACUGCCUUGCCUUCUACUUUCUGCUUUCCUCAGAAUUUGGUUUUUACUUCCUUAAAGUGGAGCGUCACCCAAAAUCUAAUUUGUUAAGUAUCAAAUACUCAUCCUUGUAGACUUUAGGGCAAAUAAGGAUCUUCAUUAUCCAAUAAUCUGCAAAGGAAAUGUAUUGGAAUUGUUCCUCUUCUCAAGCCGACAGUUGGAAAAACAGACUGAAAUAUCUCAACAAAUAUUUGGAAAUGUUUUACAGACAUUCACGCUCCCCAGAGGACGACCACGAGGCUCACAUUUGUGGUUUUUAGCGUAAUAUCUUCGCAACUAAUCGAUGGAUUGCCGAGACAGUCAUGUCCGACUUUUUGAUAGUUUGAUCGUUUCUAAAUCAAUUCAAUUUGUCUAAUACUUUGGUUUAUGUCUGCAAAACUAAGGACAUUCCCAUCAGCCAAAGUGUUUGAGUUUGAUGCUAACUGGCAAAUAUUAGCACGCGAACACGCUAAACAUGCACGGUAAACAAUUGACCUGCUUAGAAAUAGCAUGCUAGCAUUGUCAUUGUGAGCAUGUCGGCACACUGACGCUAGACUGUGCCGUAGAGUCUGAAGGACUGGAGUUAUGAAUGUAUUGUUAAAACAAUUGCCACUCGAUAGACUGACUAAUCGUUUAAGCUCCAGCACUGAAGACUGUCGACUCGGCAACAUGUCAGCAGCCAGCUCUCCUUCCUCCCUGCAGUGUUUGAUACUCAAAAAGAUUUGUCGAUUUUCGGGUGAACCAUCACUUUCAAGUAUUUAUCUGCUUGAAAUCGUUUGCCUCUAACGGUCUACAUAUCCAUCGUAAUAUUACGCCAAGUUGCACUUUAAAUCUGAGACUCUAUGUCUGCACACUGUAAUCUGUGCAAAGGGAAGGAUAUUUAUAACAAUGGCCUCUCGCCUUCCUGCUCAUUAGUGUCCAUACUUCAUUUAUACAUGUUACAUGCACCAGUUCAACAUAGUUCACACAGCCUACCUUUUCGUGUCAUCUCCUCCAGAAAGAAUGGAAAUAACGACGCUGGUAACAUCCAGUAAGAGAUCCACUAUUCUGUAUAUACAGAUGCAUGUUUAUACAGUUUCUUUUUGAAGAGAAAAGUGUAACUCGUCUCCAGCUUUUCCUGUGUUACCGGAGACUUACCUCAGUUUUACUCAGGAUGUACUCUUCACUUGCAUGAUGAGGUUAAAAAAAACUACGAGUAAGAAAUUAAGACACUUAACUGGACCCUAUUUUGAAAUAUAUGUGCUGUAAAUCAUUAUAUUGCAAUAAAAAUGACUUAAAAAGAUGAUAGAAAUGGGCCAGUAGUGUUGAUGUAAUGUUCUGAUAAUUGCUUGCGUAUUCAUCAUUGUGGAUUGACGAUCACUGAACUCCACCAAUCAAAUGCAUCAGAUCUGAAGAUAGUUUCAUUCUUUUCAAGUCUCUUUAGUUUCCAGAAUGUGGUCAUUGAAAUGUCCAAAUGCAUCUUACCUGCUAAAAAUGUCUUCUUUUUUGUUGCAUAUGUCUGUGGCUUCAGUAAGACCCGCGAAGCUGUUUGUGUGUCUGAUCUCUUCCGUCUGUAGCGUCUCAUGUUAAAGCCAGUGAAGCCUUCGUAUGUAUUUGAUUUGUAGGAGUGUAAAUAGAGGGGAAUUGGCCUUUAAGUCUUAACCUGUGUGCAGGGCAGAGUCUGGCUGUGGCUCUGCGAUCCUUUUUAACUUUCCUGCAACAUGCCUUGUUUUGCUCUCUGCUCACUUCUUUUAUCUUUUUCAUUUCUUCACACUGGCUUGAUUUGAACCAGUGCAUGUGUGUUCCUGAGUACAACAUGAGAGUAUUCCUUAAAAAGAAUCAAACUGACUGGCACUUACAGUAUUUCUGCGGUUAUUUUUGACUUGCUUCAAAAGAAACAUGAUAAAUGUGAGAAAGGCGUUAGAUUGCAAAGCAACGUGAACUGUGUGAUGUGCUGUAGAUGGGCUGUGGCUUUAAGCUUCAUAAUCAACAUGGUUUGUAGUAGAAACACUGACAAUUUAAUUCAUUCAAAAAGCAUCUCUAACACUAAAAUCUUAAUUAAAUUAUUGAAAAGAAAUGGAAAGGGAUGUUUGUAUAUUUUGUACGAUUUACUGACGGUCGGCUAUUUGCUCUAAAUUUCGGUGUAAUUUUAAGAUGCACUCUGAUUUGACUUUCAGUCGCAUGUUAAGUAGUUUGAGUUUUGUAUAUUUAUUGUAUUAACACUGAAUUAAAUUCUUCUUCUGUA